UGUUUAUACUUUCGGUUUAGUUCGAGCCUUCGAGAAGGAACAGCAUUUGUCUGAGUCAAAAAACGACGGCGAAUUUCGAUCGAUCGUCGUCUCAAACAUGAAAUUCGUGACAAUUUGGGUUAUUCUGGCGGCUUUUUCCUGGACCGCGUACUCCAAGUUCCAAUCCCCAACGGUGCAUGUAUACAGCCACCUGCCGGGGCAGUUCGGGAUGACGAACACCCUGAUCUGUCACGUGAGUCAGUUCCACCCCCCUGACAUCACCGUCAAGUUGUUCAAGAAUGGACAGGAGGUCCCGGGCGCCUUCGAGAGCGACUUGAGCUUCGAAAAAAACUGGCACUUCCAUCUGACCAAGCACGUGGCGUUCACACCCACGAGGGACGACAAAUACUUGUGCCAAGUCACUCAUGCGUCGAGUCUUCCCAACAAUUUCGACUGGGAGGCCAACAUGUGAGCAGGUGCCAGGGAAGCAAUUCUAUCACAAUUCAGCCAGAGCGCCAGAAUCAUGGAUUUCCCACUGCAUUCAUCAAUCUCUCACAUCUUCUUCCGCAUUCAAAGUGACACGAACAGCUUCAGCUUCCGCUGCUGUAUCUUCAAUAAACUAAAUCACACAAAAUGCUUUCUCAGUCAUUACUUCAUCCUUGAGCUAAACUCACAAUCAGUCAUUUAAGGGUUAAUAUCACUCUGAAGUUAUAGUAAUCAAGGCUUUGCGUUCUGUUCUUUGUACUUGUAUCAGCUUUGUGCAACAAUGAGGUUUGUUUGUCCUUAAUAUGUGUUUUGUUGAAACAUGUUGAAAUAUCUUGCCUAAUAAAAUUCUCUGGUGCUUA